CCGAGGAGAUACGGGCAGGGACAAAUAGUGGGAGGAAAAAGAUGGAGGUGGAAGGAGGGAGGGAAUGAUCGACCUUCCUGUCCAUCCUCCAUACGGCCUGGUUCUCUGAAAUGUGACAUAAGCAACAGUGGUGGUUGAAGAGCAUUUUAUACACGGAUUCAGUACAGUAAGACAACCAGUUGCACAAGUGGAGUAUAACUGUGGAUUCAACGACAGUGUGAGAAUUUUCCCAAUGAUGUCCGGUUCUGUAUCCGCUCUUCUUCGUGAGGAGGGAAAUAAAGUGUAUAGGUCUGCAUGUGCGCCAGGAAUAGGUCCUGUUAUCCAAAUUGACAGACUUCAAAAAGCGAGGAAUUUGUAUGAUAGGGCAAACACCGCUGAUGGAUCUGUUGAAGACAAAUGUUCUGCAGCCAAAAAUUUAGCUCUUUGUGAGUGGCGCAUAGGAAAAUUACAUAUUUUAAGAGAUGAGAGAACAGAACAUAUUGCCCAUCAGUUUAAAGAGGCUUUAAAGCACUACCAGUAUGCAUAUAUUCACGGUAAAACGUGCAAGGAUACGAAGUGGGUUGCCGACAUUACAUCCAAAUGUAGUGAAUGCUUCGAUGAUUUUGAGACGUUUCUUUCCAAAUUUUCGUUUGAGUGCAGGAUCAGGUACCUAACACAGGUUCUCCAAUUGAUAUCUGUUCCGGACGUGAUAACUAAUGUAUAUGUGCAACUUACCCAGCAUCAUUUUCACGAGGGAAUUAACGCAUGGCAAAAAGGAGAUUACAUGAGAUGUAGACAUCAAAUGGCGGAGUGUCACUUUCCAAUACACGAGGCACGAAAACAUGGACGGGAACUACCUGAUAUUCUCAGGGAGGUCGAUGUCUUAGAGAAGGACGUUCAUAUGCACAUGUGUAUCGCAGAAUCAUCGAAAGCAAGACAAACAGGAGACGGAUUGUUGGAGAAGAUAACCCGUUACUAUGAGACUGUUGAUAUGAACAUGGUAUGGGAUAUAAUAGAUUGGUAUAAACAAUCUAUUCUCCUCGCUAGAGAAUUGGACAUGGAGCAAGAGGCAAUAGCACUGGGGAGAAUUGGACGGGUGUAUGCGAAGAUUUUGAAAUUCAAGCCACAGGCGAAGGAGUACUUUAAAAGGGCUAUACAAAUGGCUGCAUCAAUGGCACCACGCACCUUUGUAUCGUGUGAUUGGUAUCAGGAAUGCACCGAGAUGUUGAAAAAGUACCAAGAAGAAACUGUCACUCAUGAACAAGAAGAAAAGGACAAAGAAAAAGAGAAGGUUAAGGAAGAAAUAAAAGGGGAACUGGAAGAAAUCAAACAAAAACAUCUGAAAAUGACCAAUAUUCAAUUCCUGCAGUAUGUAUAUAAAACGUACCCACCUAAAAACGAAACAUUUAAACUGGAGAAAGACGCGGAAGAAAAUAUAAAGAAAACACUGCAAAAAGCAGUGACUCAUUACCAUCCCGAUAGAUCCGAACCGGAGAAAAAUGGUUUGAAAUGGAAAGUUUUGUCUGAAGAAAUAACAAAGUAUCUCUCCAGUAGAUACGAGAUUCAAAAAGGAAUCUCGUAACUUUUAUUUGUAGAUCUUGGUACAGUGUAUAUUAAGUUGGAUCAAUCGCCAAGAAGCUAGUAGAACGCCAACCCUAGUCCAGUGGCUUAAUUGGUAUAUUAAAGGGUUUCGGAGAUACAGACUCCUUACUUUAAAUAGCACGACCAUAUAUCUAUAGAGGAUCGAAGAUUUUAUGUAGCGUUGUGAAUACCGUAUAAAGAUUAUGCUUUUCUGAAUUCAUAUAUCAUAUCAUUAAUAUUUAAACUUACACACAUAACAUUCAAGGGUCGAUUUUUCGUGGAUUGGUGAUUGAUUUUUUUUUUUUUUUUUUUUUUUUUUUUUUUUUUUUUUUUUUUUUUACAAUUUUGUUGGAAAUAUUCUUAUAUUUACUAAUAUUACAGAUUGUUUAUUACUUAUGUUAUCAAUCAAAAGUUGGAUAUUUUUCUACGUAAACAUACAACAUUUUGGAGUAUAUCUGCACUUUGUAAAGUAUAUGCUAGUAUAUGAAAAUUCAAAGCUAGGGUGAAUAGAACUAGAAUAUGAUUAUGCCAGUAGUCGUGCUUACAAUGUUCUUUACAGUUUGUUAAAAGUGUUUCUCUACUGUUAGGAUCAUGGACUAUUAGUGUCUGCUUUCACAUGAUACGACAAUUACUACACAUUAUUUAUUGAGAAUGAUAUGAGAGUAAGACUAUAGUGUUGCAUUUAUUUUAAAGCUGACAUGAAUUAAUAAAUAUACAAGAAUU